GUCGCUUUGGAUAAAAGCGUCUGCUAAAUGAUUAAAUGUAAAUGUAAAUGUAAGGUGUCGCACAUCAAGGUCCUCACCUCACUGAGGGAGCGUUGCGAUCUGCUGGUGUUUGGAUAAUUGGAGGCAGGAAACUAGUCUCAAGUGUAGUCUACCAGUGUGUCACUUGUCGUAGGCUUAGAGGGAAACCUGUUGAACAGAAAAUGGCCAACCUCCCAGAAGAUCGACUCACCAUGGAGCCCCCGUUCACUAGGGUCGGCUUAGAUGUUUUUGGACCCUGGAGUGUAGUCACUCGCAAGACUAGGGGUGGGGUCACAGAAAGUAAACGCUGGGCAGUUUUAUUUAGUUGCUUAGGGACUCGUGCAGUGCACAUAGAAGUAAUUGAAUCUAUGUCUACCUCAUGCUUUAUUAAUGCACUGAGAAGUUUUUUCGCAGUUAGAGGUCCUUCCAAAGUUCUCAGAUCAGACCGCGGAACCAACUUUAUUGGAGCCUGUAAGGAGCUAAAAAUCAGUACAGAUCACCCUGAGAUCCAAGACUACCUCAGCAACGAAGGUUGCACAUGGACAUUCAACACGCCUCACUCAUCACAUAUGGUUGGCUCAUGGGAGAGAAUGAUUGGCAUCGCUCGCCGCAUUCUAGACGCCAGGUUUCUGCAGUCAGGUCCAACUCGUCUUACCCAUGAGGUCCUCACAACACUAAUGGCAGAAGUUAUGGCAAUCAUUAAUGCUCGCCCAUUGGUUCCCAUAAGUACUGAUUCAGACUCACCAAUUAUUUUGACACCGUCUAUGCUUCUAACUCCUAAGGCAGGAGUUGCUCCCACUCCUGAAGGGACAUUUGACAUGAAAGACAUGUAUAAAAAGCAAUGGCAACAUGUUCAAGUUCUUGCAGAUACCUUUUGGAAGCGCUGGAGACAAGAAUAUCUGUCAGUGCUUCAGCCAAGAAGGAAAUGGACUCAUGACAAAGAUGACAUUCAAGAAGGGGAUGUAGUCUUGUUGAAAGAUGAACAAGUUAAACGUAAUGAAUGGCCCAUUGGAUUCAUUACUAAAAUCUUCCCAAGCGAAGACAAGAAGGUCAGAAAAGUGGAAGUCAAAGUUGUGAAGCAAGGGACUUCUCGUGUCUACUUUCGACAAGUGACUCAACUUAUUCUCCUGCUUUCCCAAAGUAGUGAUACAAAGACUGAUAAGUGUUAAAUCGUGGUAUAAAAGUUUUUAUACCAGGCGGGGAGUGUAAUGGUUUAGUUUAAUAAUAAGGAAAGUUUGGUUUGUUUAUAUGUUGACCUUUAAGCGCCCUCUUGUGGCGAGGACUGUGUAUGGUAACCUUCAUAUGACUUGUUGCAUUGAGUUCAUU